UUAACAGUCCUUUGGGCUUGAAAUUUGAUUGUUUGAACAGUAGAGUCCUACUAAGCAUAUGCAUUCCUCUGGAUAUCAAGAGUUUGGUAGCAUAUUCAACAAACCUGUGUUGUUAAAUGGCGGCCACGACCCAAUGUAUGGGGAUAUCAAGAGUUUUGACAACGCCAUAGACCACAAUGGCACUUUUAUAUGAUGGUUUUUUUGGUUUUUGUCCUUGUUCCUCCAUCCGGAAUCGACAACACUACAACCAACCGGAUGAUUUUUGCACCCAUAAAUUGAAAAUCCAUGAUACCACUUGCGGCACAUGCUUGUUUGAAUAGCCUCAGUUAUUCCUUUCUUUUUCUAUAAGAAUCAAUAUGCUUUUUAUAGUUUCCUUUUCCAAAUGAAAUUAGAUGAAAUCCAAAGAGUCUGUCUUCAUCUAUGAUUUUUGUAGGUUGGUUUUUCAAAUGCAAUUCAACAGAGCACAUCUACAUCCAUGGGAUUUAAGAUUGUUUGUUCUCUUCUCUUUUAUAAUACGAAGAUUAGUAUCGAAGAUUACUGAAAAAUCACCAACGAUCGUGGCAUGGUAAGGUGCUAGUAGGAUAUUUAUACAGAUCCUGCUGUUACAACAUUCGUAAGAGGCGCAUCUUCUUUCAAAGGUACAUUACAAAAAACGAUGCAAUUCGUAAAAGGCACAUCUUCAGUCCAAGGCUCAUCUGGUUCAUCGGCAAGUCAAGCUGUGGUGGAAGAAGUUGAUGCUCGUUCUGUCUAUGUUGGAAAUGUUGACUAUGCAUGUACAGCCAAAGUUGUUAAACAGCAUUUUCAGUCAUGUGGGAUUGUGAGUCGAGUCACGAUUCUCUUGAAUGAAUAUUGUCUACCCAAAGGAUGUGCGUAUGUUGAGUUCCAGAACAUUGAUGCUGUUCCCAAAGCUCUGUUACUUAAUGAGUCUGAGCUUUACGGUCGGAAAAUUAAGGUCUGUGCUAAGCGUACUAACAUUCCUGGAAUGAACCAACAUCGUGGGAGAAACACUUAUGUUUUAAGAUCCAGGAGGCCACCUCCAGUGUAUCGUAGACCUGGAUAUGGAAGCGCUCCAAGGUUUAGACGUUCCAUGCGAUACAGACCAUACUAGAGGCCGGCUAAGUUUCGUAAGGAGAAGGCAUUCUUUAUUUGCCAUUUAAUUUCCAUUGCUGGGGAAUGAACUUCAGUUUUAUUAUACUCUUGGAUAAUGCAUUUUCCUUUUUCAACUCUUGAUUUAUGGUAUUGUAAGUUUGAUAUUUACUAUUAGAUUUCUGUACUUGUAUGUUCCUAGAUGAUUGACUGCCAAGGUUUACUUGUAUACCUUGAUGAUGUUCUCAGUAAGACUAUAUUAGUAUGUGUUGGACAUGUGA